AUGAGCAACAAGUUCGACGCCUUGAAAGAUGACGACAGUGGGGACCAUGAUCCGAAUGAAGAAAACAGCACACAGAAAGAUGGUGAGGAGGAAAAAACGGAACGAGACGAGGCUCAGAGCAGCAGCAAGAGGAAGGCUGUCGUCCCUGGGCCAGUGGAGCACCCCCUGCAGUAUAACUACACUUUCUGGUACUCCAGGAGAACCCCUGGCCGUCCCACCAGCUCACAGAGCUACGAACAGAAUAUCAAGCAGAUUGGCAUCUUUGCCUCUGUGGAGCAGUUCUGGGGGUUUUACAGCCACAUGGUACGUCCCGGGGACCUGACAGGCCACAGUGACUUCCAUCUCUUCAAAGAAGGAGUUAAACCCACGUGGGAGGAUGAUGCAAAUAAAAAUGAGAUUCGGCCCUGGAAGGGCUUGGCAUCCCGUUGCUGGGAGACUCUCAUCCUGGCCAUGUUGGGGGAACAGUUCAUGGUUGGGGAGGAGAUCUGUGGGGCUGUGGUCUCUGUCCAGUUUCAGGAGGACAUUAUUUCAAUAUGGAAUAAGACUGCCAGUGACCAAGCCACCACAGCCCACAUCCGGGAUACUCUUCGGCGAGUGCUAAACCUACCUCCCAACACCAUUAUGGAAUACAAAACCCACACCGACAACAUCAAGGGUAAUUCAAGCUUUUGA